AAUUGUAUUGGUGUCACUCCUUGAGUAUCAAGUUAAUCCAUCACAUAAUGUGACAAGAAAAAAAGAUUUUACCUUUUUAUUAAUAUGGUUAUUACCUUUGUUUUUAAUUUUUUAUUCAUAUUAAUUAGGAUAAUCAAUUGUUAUAAUAUAUGUCCACCGAUUGAACUACGUUCAUCUUUAACAGUUAAAUCGGGAUUAACAAAGGGAACAACAAAUUCACUUCUAUUACCAUCAUCAUCUAUAGCAACAACAACAACAACAACAUCAACAUCAACAGUUUCACCUUUAUCAUCAUCAUCUUCUUCAUCAUCUAAAAUUGUCUGUGAUUGUACCACUGAAACAAGGGAAUCAGCACCAUCAUGGGAAAUUCUUUGUUAUCAGGAAUAUUCUUUAACUGAACCAAACGAUGAAAGCUCAGAAUCUACUGUAGAUUCUGAAACAGUUCAAUAUUCAGCGUUACCAAUUGCCUUUAUUAUCAAAUAUGUGGUCUCCCGUUAUAUUGAGAUCAACUGUUAUGAUAGUUCACCUGAAUUUCAACCUGCAAUGUUUCAAGGUUUCGGAGUCAAUGAAAUUGACUCUUUCCGUGUGAUCAACUGUUCGUUGCCAACAGUGCCUUUCAAUCUGAUCUUUCAUCGGACAUCGGUUGGGUUAAAUAAUAAAGAAUCUGUUGUUAAUAAAAACCAACCAAACCGUGGCAAUGGUAAUUCACAACAAGGCGGUGGUUCAGAUGAUAUUGGGAGUGGCAGUGAUCCUGAUGUACUGACAACAGGGAGAAACAGUAAGGUUAAAGGUAUCCGUUCAUUAGAGUUGAGGCGUGUGACUCCAAUUAAAAUUGAUGUUAAACAAUUGAAACACCUAUUUCAUGGUCUUGACCGUUUGGAGCAAUUAACUCUUGAGAAUUAUAUUAUCUCAAUUCCCAUAACACCAACCAGCACCAACACUGGUUCUGCUGGUGGUGUUAAUAGUGAAAGGUUAACACUUGGUGGAUUUGAGGAGAGAGGAAGAGGUGCCUCAAGAAUUGGCCGUCGAUUUAAACGUUCAUUUGGUUCACGAUUGAAUAUUAGUGAAAAAUUUGAUGGCGAUUCAAAAUAUUUCACUAAUAAUGAUGAACGAAAAGUUACCGUUAAUCCAAAUUUUGGCCAAUCAUUGUCUACAUCACCAGUUGUAUUAUCAUCAGCGUCAUCAUCCUCGUCGUUAUCGCCAUCAUCAUCAUCAUCAUCAUCAUCACCGCCACCAUCAUCUGGUUCAAUAGAUUUUGACCUGCCAGCAGGAUUAACAGUUUUGCCAACAAUGAAACCAACAAUUUCAUCAUCAACAAUAGUAACAAAAGUACCUUUAACUGUUUCAGAAACAACAAUAACACCAGGAGCUUCAUCAUCAUCACUUACAAUGACUACCACAACAAAAAAACCGACAACAUCACCCAUUCAAUUGUCUAAAUUACCUGUUAACAGUAAUCAUAAUAAUCAUGAUAAUAAUAAGCAACCCAAAGCGAAAGAGUUUAUUGAAAUGAAUGUAAACAAUCAUGAUAAUAAUCAUAAUAUCAGCCCAGAUAAAAGGAUUGAGAGUCAACCUAAAGAUGAGAUUAUCCAUAAAUCAUCAACUUUAUCCGCAUUUUCACCCACCAGUGGCCUCGGAUCAGCCGAUACCAAACCUUUGUCACUACCCACCACUCCUUCAAUCUCCUUACCUUACGACUCUCUCAAACCUGAGAUUGGCGAUCUAUCAGCUGAUAAAUCAUCUCUUGUACCCAUUAGCGGUAUUGGUCAUCAAGAAUCUCAAUCAUCAUUUCAAUAUCGAUUGUCUAACCCAAUUGAUUUUAGUUUUGGUUCCUAUUUUCCCAUUUUAAAGUCACUUGUACUCUAUAAUUUUCUGGUCACCAAAUCAACGGACAAUGCAAUUAUAUUGAAAACCCUUUUAAACAAUUUAAAUAACCUGGAACAAUUAGAUCUUCGUUCAAAUAUACUUACUCAUAUACCUGAGAACCUUUUCUCAGGUUCAGGACGAAAAUUGAAACGUCUUUACCUGAUGAGAAACUCAAUUGAAUCUCUUCAUCCAUUUGCAUUUACGAAUCUCAAAGAGCUGGAAGUCCUUGACCUAUUUAGCAAUAAGAUUCAAUUAUUACCUGAUUCACUUCUCAAGGAUACAAGUAAAUUGAAACAAUUAAGAAUCAAAGGAAACAAUUUCAUCACUUUACCAUUGAAUCUCUUCACCUCUACACCUUUACUUACCUCUCUUGAUUUAAGCUCUAAUCGAGAGUUAUCACUUUUACCUGUUGAUCUUUUGAAAGGUUUACACAAUUUAAGAGAUAUAACAAUUAACGAUUGUAAUUUAAACAAAUUUACCAUUAAUCCGGCUAAAUUUUUCUCCUACGCAAGUAAUUUGGAAAAAAUUGAACUCAAAGGAAAUUUACUCACCAAUUUAACUCAGAUUCAUCUAUUUUCCGGUAAUCCUAAACUGACCACUCUCGAUGUUUCAAAUAAUCGGAUUAAGACAAUUGAUGCUGAAAUUUUUAACGAAAAUUCAUCAAAUCUGGUUAACCUAAAUUUUUACAACAAUGAUUUAUCCUUUAUUCCUGAUAAGCUGUUAUAUCAUUUAAAAAAUUUACGCUCUCUAAAUAUUGGUAAUAAUAAUUUACACACAAUUAACAAUAAUAUCUUUUACACCUUAUCCAAUCUGGAAGUUCUUGAUCUGUCUCGAAAUCAGUUAAUCUCAGUUAAUCCUGGUGAAAGUAAAAUACCUUUUGGACUUGGAACUUACCUGAAAAAGAUUAACCUUUCCCAUAACAAUUUAACCAACUUUAAUCGUGAAUUUAAUUCAAUCCAAUGGAAUCUUCAUUUAGAAAUUGAAGAGAUUAACUUAUCAUCAAACAAGUUAAUUGGUCAAGUUAAAAUUCCAAUUUUCUAUUCAACUAAAUCAAAAAUUAUCCUUGACUUGAGAGACAAUCAAAUAUCAACAAUUAACAUGGAUGCAAUUCUAAUUAAUGAGAAACUUUUCAUUGAAAUUUUGGAUACAAACAAAGCCUACGCUGAUUCAACUGAUUCCUCGGAGGUUAAAGUAUUCAUCUCAGGGAAUCCAUUUAAUUGUGAUUGUAAUCUGUUUCCAUUACUUAAAUACACUCGAUCAAGUACCUCGGCUAAAUAUGAUAGUCUCGUUGAAAAGGUUUCAUUUGACAUUUCCUCGGACAAUUUAAAAUGUUCAUCACCAUUAACUUUGGCUGGUAAAUCAUUUUACGAGUUAAACACAAUUGAUUUAACUUGUCCAAUUGUUAAGACCAAAGUUUGCCCAUCUUCCUGUAAUUGUUGGUUCCGAGCUCAAGAUGAAAGGAUGAUAAUUGAUUGUCAAUCAAAAAAUUUAACCCUUAUCCCAAAGGAGACAGUAAAUAUUGACAAUUUUCAAAAUUUAAGUCUACCUGGUAUUAAAUCAGGAACACCAAUUAAGGCUGUUACUCUGAAAAUGCAAAAUAAUCGGAUUAAGGAUUUACAGCCACUGGAAAGAUUAAUUUCAAUGAAAUCUUUAUCCUCUUUACCAUUAUCACCAACAACAGUAUCCGGAUCAUCAUCAUCAUCAUCAUCAUCAUCACCAUCAACAGCAAGUUCAACCUUGUCCCGGAAAAGAUUCCCCACCUCACCAAUAUCAUUUGAACUUUAUUUUGAUAACAAUUCAAUUGACAGAAUACCAAAUUCAUUGGUUAAACUGCUUAAAUUGGCUACUUACCCAAUCAAUGAAGCAAAUCAUGAAUCAACUGAAUCAGACCAAGGAAAAGAUAUUUCUGAUUUACCCUCAUCACCAUCAUCAUCAUCUUCAUCUUCAUUAUCUUCGCCUGUCUCAUCAUUUCAAUCUUCUAGUCCACCAAAAGCUGCCAUUGUUAGUCUAAUCUCUUUACGUAAUAAUAAUAUUCAUUCAAUUCCCAUUGAAUUUCUGGACGAAUUACGUGAACUACAAACAUCCGUAGCAAUUAAUAAUCAAACAAUUAGUAACACUGGUACCUCAUCAUCAUCAUCUUCCUCUUCCUCUACACAAUCAACAAAUUCAGACAAUGGUGGUAAUAAAAAUCCAUUGACCACAACCACCACCACCAACAACAACAAUAACGCUGUCGAUUUACACUCAUCACAAUUACCUAAAUAUUUAAAGCUUUAUUUAGGUAACAAUCCGUACAAUUGUACACCCGAAGAGAUGACUACUUCUGGAGAUAAAUUUUUCUGCCAAAUGAGGGAAUUUAAAUCAUGGUUAACAGGCAAUUACCGUAUUAUCGGUGAUAUAGCCGAUAUUAAUUGCGAAACAGUUAAUUACAAUUCAAAUUCAGCCUUGAUUAACAUACCUGAUUCAAUUUUAUGUCCACAAUUGGCAACCUUGGAUCAAACCGUUCUACUUACCAUGACAGCUAUUUGUGUCUCUUUGGCACUUUGCCUACUAUUGGUUUCCAUUUUAUAUUAUCGAAACAAGCAAACAGUAUUGGCCUUUUUUUAUAUUCAUCUGAAUCCAAUAUUUGUUUGCCUACAUUUCCAUGAAGAUGAUAUUGAUGAAGAUAAAAUUUACGAUGCAUUUGUUUCCUAUUCAAGUGCUGAUCGUGAUAUUGUUAUGCAAUUAAUUGAGAAACUUGAAGAACCAAGUACAAUAUCAAAUACAUCAAUUUGCUAUUUACAAUCACAAUCAGGUUUACCUUCAAUCCAUGAGGGUAAUUAUGAUACAAUCGUACCCGAUGUUGGACCGGACAUUAAAACUGUGGACAAAUCUUAUAUUUCCUCAUCGAUUUACAAUGAUUCUGAUAAUGGUUCACGAAAUUAUCGUUCUAAUAACCAUUCAAGAUCAAUUAAUAAUCCUACAAGCGGUGGUGGUUCAGGUAAUUAUUCUGAAGGUGAUAUUACAAUUAAUAACUCGGAACCUGAUGACCCAACACAAUAUUUCAAACUCUGUAUACAUGAACGUGAUUGGCUUCCGGGUAAUUUAAUCUCUUGGAAUAUUGUUAACUCUGUUCAAAAUUCACGACGAACAAUUAUCAUUUUAUCAAAAGAUUUCAUCGCAUCGAUUUGGUUUCAAGUUGAAUUUCAUACAGCAUAUUAUCAAAUGUUAGAAGAUAAAAUUGAUCGGUUAAUUGUUAUCGUUCGAGGUGAAUUACCACCUCGAGAGGAGAUGGACAAAGAGUUAAUCUUCCUGUUGACCACGAAAACUUAUCUUGUUUGGGGUGAAAAAUGGUUCUGGGAGAAACUGAGAUACGCACUACCCCAUAAAUCAAAUCGUAAACGUCCAAAUACAAUUAACGGUAUUACCGACGGAAAUAAUAAAUCAUCUAGAUGCCUAAAGAAGUCACAUUUCAGUACAAAUGCCAUUAAUUACCUUAAAUCAGGUAAAGAUGGAAACAGUAAAUCAAAGUCACCCUCUAAAAGUGCUAUGAUGAAAGAGUAUGUUGACCAAGCAAUAGCCAAUCAUUUUCAAUUAAAUUCAACCUCACCAACAAUCAAUGGAUCACCAUUUAAAUCACCACCUUCAUCCAAUGGUAAAUCAUCAACAGCCACAAUGUCAUCAUCAAUGACAACCAAUACAACAUCAUCAUCAUCACCCUCUCUUCAAAGUAUAACAACACCUAAUUAUGGUUCAACAUCAGAUCCAAUUGAUGUAAACUUUUCAACGACAACCUUUAAUCGUGGUGAAAUUAACACCAGUGGACGUGGUGGUAAAAGUAGAGGUGGUGGUGGUAAUGACUACUCUAAGCAAGGCCAUGUCAAUGAAAGUUUUGUCAUUGAAACAGAAACAUGAGAACAAUUGACAGUUUAAUUAGUUUAAAUGUAUAAUUAGUAUCAAUCAUUUUCUCGAGAGCUAAAUUCUACUCUACAUUAUCUUCCAUCUCUCUCUCUCUCUCUCUCUCUCUCUCUCUCUCUCUCUCUCUCUCUCUCUCUCUCUCUCUU